AUGGGCACCUGCUCCUACAUUCUGGUGAAUACGACCGGCAAAGAUCAAUCCCUGCCUCAGUUCAGCAUCCUGACCAAGAACGAGCUGCGCAUCAACUCCAAAGGCUCCUUCCUCAAGUCAGCCAACAUAGACCUGAGUGGUCACAGGAUCACCAUUCUCAGUGGCCAAAGAGGGACAGUGGAGAUUGAUGGCAUUAGGUCUGCCCUCCCUUUGAGUUUGGAGUCUGACAGCAUCAGAAUCACAGAGUCUGGUAUCCAAGGGACCAUCCAGACAGAUGUCGGCCUGAAGGUCACUUUUGACUGGACAGCCUUCUUCAUGGUGACCAUCAGCAGCAUUACUGUGGUGUGA